AUGCUUCAAUAAUUUAUAGCAAAUCUCGCCAAUACAAUAUUUAAUAAUACUUACUGCAGAGUAAAACCUAUGUCAGGAUCUUUCAAUGAUUAGACCCCAAGAGACCUACAAAAAAUGCUCUAGGAGAGUAGAAGAUCUGAGUUAAUUUCAUUUUUAAAGGUUAUCUAGCUUAUUGCUCUCAUUAUGAGUGUUUAUCGAUAUUUGUUCGGUGAUGAUAUAAGUUAGGAGCCAAUAAGAGAUACUGCAGUAAUUCGGCCAUUGAUUUCUGUCAUUAUUGCACAAGGACUUAAAUGUAGUGCUAAAAAGAGUGCAGAAAAGCUUAAUUUGAUUGGGAUACUUAUCAUUAAUAUGAGUGCAUUUAUGAGCUAUAUCUACAUGAUUUUACAAAUAUAUAUGGUGAUACUUAUUGAUGUUUCUUGGAAAAUUGUAUUUGGGAAUUUUGCACUCUUAUAUGGAUACUACAUUAUGCAUCAUUAUUUUAUUUUGAGUUGUGAAAAAAUUUCAGGCAAUCUAUUUUUGGGUAUUCUAGUUUACCUUUUCAUUGUGGCAAAGAUUUUAUUUUUCAAAGAGCAAUUGCAAAACUAGGUUUAUGACUUGUUUAAACAAGUAGUAGAUGCUGAAACUAAUAUAAAGAAUGUGCUUGACAUACUUCCAGAAGGCAUAAUAAUAUUUGAUUAAAAUUUUAGUACUAUUCAAUAUGCCAAUAAUUCAAUGUUCAAAAUUGCUUUCCAAAGAGAGCAGUAAAUUGAAAAUUCUUAGCAAAGUACAUCAAGAGUCAAAGAUAACUUUUCCUAAUAAUAACAUCUCUCUAAUAAAAAUAACGACUUUAAUGAAUUAUUAACAGAAGUUCUAAAUUGGAGAGUGAAAAUUCGGAAGCCUAUGAGUAUUUUAGUUGAGAUAUAAGUAUAAAAUUUUAACAAAUGCUCUUAAAAAUUAGUAAUGAUUCGAGAUAUCACAGUGUUCAAAUAAAAGGAAUAGGCUCAAGCUGAAAAAUAAGUUUAAACUGUACUAUUUGCCUCAGUCGCCCAUGACAUAAGAACCCCUCUAAAUUCACUUUUGGCCUCAAAUACUUCAUUGAUUUCAAGUUUUUAUGACUAACCAAUUAACCAAUAAAUUCAUAAAAGCCUUCUUAUUUAAAAAAGCAGUAUUUAAUUUCUAAUAAAUAUCGUAGAAGACAUUUUAGAUCUCUCAAAAUUUCAACUUGGUAAUUUUCAAUUAAGCAAUUCUUGGUUCUCUUUUCAUCAAGUUGUUGAGGAGAUAUUUGAGAUGAGUGAAUUUUUAGCUAGCUAGAAAAAAAUAAAAUUAAUCUAAAUUCUAGAAAUAAAUCAAAAUGUUCAGAUUUUCUCAGACAAGAAAAGACUAAAGCAAGUACUAGUAAAUUUAGUAAACAACGCAAUAAAAUUUACUCAAAAAGGAUUUGUGAAGGUCAGAGCCUAUUUUAGACCUUGUGAUGAACUAUUAAUAGCAGAUUGCACCCAAAAAUUUUCUGAAAAGAUAAGCCUUAUAGAUUUGGAUAGAGAUUAAAGUAUUGAUGACUUGUCGCCUAUGAUGGCAAGUAUAAGCGAAAUCUAUAACUAUAAUUCAAAUAAUAGAGUAUAAUCUUAAACUAUACCUUUGAUUAAAAGAGGAGAGCUUGUUGUUUAAGUCAUUGACUCAGGAGUCGGAAUAAAUAAGAAUGAUUAAGAAAAUUUGUUCAAGAUCUUUGGAAAAAAUAAAACUUCUCAGCACAUCAGUUAAUAAGGAGUUGGUCUAGGAUUAAAUAUUUGCCAGAGAAUUUGCGAAAAUUUAGGAGGGAAAAUAAAAAUGGAAUCAUAGGAGAAUGUAGGAUCUACUUUUACAUUUAAUAUCAUCAUAGAUUAACUGAGAUAAGUAGAAUCAGUAUUGAAUUCUGAUGAUACAUUGGCAGAUAAGUAUUAACGGUCUCUGAUGAUGUAAAACCCAUUUAGUCUCUCUCAGAAUAACAUGCAUAACUCCUCAUUUGUUUCAGCAGAAACUCGUUUAUCUCUUACAUAAAGGAUUAACCCUAAAAGAAAUUUACUAUGCUUAGAUGACUGUUUUAGUGCUUUAAUCAUUGAUGACAAUCAUUUUAAUAUCAUGGCCAUGAAUCUCAUGCUAGAACAAAUAUAUAAAAACCUUUAGGUUGAAUUUUAGCCAUCAAUAGAAUCAGCAGUAGAUGGCCAAGAUGGUCUUUAAAAAAUGAAACUAGAUGGCAUCUAAAAAUGCUGUGACCGAGUAUUUAAGUUAAUAAUAGUGGACAUGAACAUGCCUGUAAUGAGUGGAAUUGAAAUGAUGAAGCACGUCAGAGAUUCAUAAAAGAUUCAUGGAUACUUCAAAGCCUAUGCUAACUCCACAUUCGUCUUGUGCACUGCUUAAAAUGAAAUGAUUGAGUAAAACUUCGAAGAGUUAGGUUUUGAUUAUUUCAGUAAGUAACAGAUAUUAUGUUUGUGUAAAUAAAUUUCUUAUAGUUCCGAAACCGAUUGA